AUAUCAUGUCUUAUUACGUAUCAAAUUGGAAGAAUAGUAUAGAUAUCAAAAGGGUAAAUGUAGAAGAGGAUCAUGUUGACUUUAUCCAUCAAUCACAUAUGCGCAAAAGCGGACUUCAAGAUGAAGAGCUUCUACUUCUGGAGUCUCCGGAAAUAUAUUCCGAUAUUAAAAGACGAGAAAUUUCUUGUAAUUAUAAUAUAAAUGGAUUGCCUACUAUAUUUAUAGACCACAAGAUUGGAAAACGUGUACUCGUCGAACACAGUUUCAGUAUUUCAAAAUCUUCAUACCUGCAAGGAACAGAUUAUAUUAAUUCAUCAGGUCGCCCAUACUUAGAGAACAUCCGUCAUAAUUGUGUUGAUUUCGAGUUUCAAGAAGCUGUAUAUCCAAUUAGGGUUUCUAUACAGCAAGAACUGAAUAGUUGGAUUCCUGAGAUAACAAUGGAAAUUUGGGCGCGAGAUUCUGAUCGGUGGUUUUUAUUAUGGAUUGGAGGAAUGCAGGUUCUUCGAAGUACACCACGACUGUUGUCCCCGGCUUUACGGGCCUGUGACUUUAAAACUAAAAUGCUCAGAUUAAUAUUUCCGUAUGACGCUAAGGGAAUACAGAUAGAUGCUGUAGAGCUCAUCGGAACAUCAGAAUUGAUUCAACCUAAAGAUCCUAAACAGAGUUUGACCGAUCUAUUAAAAGAUAUUAAUUGCAGCUAUCCUGACCGUAAGGAUAUGCACAAUUUAACACCAGAUUACAAAAAUGCAAAUCUGGAUGUAUAUCAACUUAUGGAAAAAUUUUCCGACUAUUGUAUUAUUCGUAAAAAAAGCAAUUUACAUUUAAAUAAUGGAAAAUUGAAAGGCAUCACACCCUCUUCAAGUGAAUUCAAGAAGCAACCACGUUGUGAUUUUUCUGUGCUUCCUGAAGAGGUGAUACUAAAAAUACUGGAAUACUUAGAUUUAAGGUCAUUGUGCCGUAUGAGCCAAACGAAUAAACGCAUCAAUCGAUUAACACGAGAUCCUUCGCUUUUUAAAUAUUUAAAUAUAGAAUAUUUGCGCAUGUAUAUGUCUACCGAUGAUACUAUUGGUGGUCUGCAGUGUAAAAUUCUAUCUAGCUUGGAAUCCAGAUGUGAGCACUUACAACAGUUGAAUCUUGUAUUCUGCGACAUUACUAGUUCACGUUUCGUAAUGUUUCUUAGAACUUGUGGCUCGAAGUUAACGUUCUUGCGAUUAGCUUCUUGCAAGAUUGACAACGAUAUCCUCUAUGAAAUUGGAAAAACAUGCAAAAACUUGACAGUGUUAAAUUUGAGAAACUAUAAAUAUACUAUGGGCUACACUCUGGACGAAGGAUUGUUGUACCUCCAACAUCUAAAAUUUUUAGAAGAAUUAACCCUUGAAUAUAUACGUAUAGAAGACGAUGAAACCCUUUGUACAAUACUGCAUGGAAAGCACCGAUUGCAUUAUUUACAUUUAAAUGUAGAUUAUCUGCAACCUGCAAAUCUAAAUGAUUUUUUAAUAAACUUACGAGAUAAAGCAUUGUUUUCAAACUUGGAAACAAUAAAAUUAUCGAGCCGUGCUAUUGAUUCGCGAGGUAUUGGUGCCCUCGCUGAGUUCAGGAAUUUACGAAUGCUGAGGAUUGAGACAGUCGUGUUCUUCUCUUCACGAGAAAUCGCAAUAAUAGUGUGGUUUAGUUACAGCUGUGAAUAUACAAUCGAUAAGAAUGACUGGCGGAAAUUGUUCUCUUCCUGUCAACGUCUGGAGACAGUGUAUUUGCCGCAUUUUAACAGUGUUAUAGAUGAAGCACUGACACACUGUAAAAAUCUAAAAGAAGUACAGUUUUGGCACAUACCUCAGAUUCCCGAGAGAGUAGCAAUUCUCGAGCAGUGUCCUAAUCUGCGAAUCCGUGUUAUAAGAAGUAGCAUUAUUGACGAAUUGCUGAAAAAAUAUCCACAUGCGUCCAUCUGCUUACAUAACGAUAAUAAUAUCUGA